CAAGGAGGGUAACGGGCGCGGAGAUCCGCUUCCGUUAUAAGGCCGACCUCAUGCUUGCUCCCUCGGGAGGAUCGAAAUUGCUGCUAGGGAAUAAUAGCAGGCGGUGCAGCGGCGGCCCCAGAUCGCGAUGCUGCGCGAGGGCGAGAGAAGCCUGCUGGUGGCGGAGGUGCUAAUGGCGCUGAGCAGAGGAGAAGGCAGCAGCGGUGUGGGAGCCAUCUUCUGUUUGUGCUCCCGGGCGUUCGUCGAAGAUCGAAAAUUAUACAAACUAGGCUUAAAAGGCUUUUAUGUUAAAGAGGCUGAUGACAGCAUAGGAGAAGAGGAAGUUACUGAAGAUAACGAAAAAGAGGAGAAACCAAUCUUUGAGACUACUGAAAAAUGUAACAGUCUUGCUCUGGAAGUGGAUGAUGUCGAACCAGAUUCAGAAACUGAACUCAUGAAGAGUAUGGGGUUACCCUUACAGUUUGGCAGUUUGGCAGCCAAUAAAACAAAAGCGGCCCCUGAGAAGACUGGCAAGAUAGUUAACAAAAUGACAAAGAAAAACAAAAGGAAGAAAAAAUUGCUACAACAAGAUAUCCAUGAAACAAUGUGGCAGUCCUUGGAAGAGGAUGAUGAUGACCAUUCUCUUUCUGAUGAUGAAAUCUUGGUGGAAAACGAAAAUGAUUAUGCUGAAUGCUGUAAAAAUGGAAGGAUGCCACUGAAUGAACUUCAUAUAAAUGAAGAAUGGGAGAAAUACUGGCAUCAGUUUGGAGAAGAGCUUCUAUGGAAAAGCUGGGAAAAGAAACAGGAGGAGGCUAAUCUUGAACCUUGGAAUAAUCCUGAAAUGAAGGACAAGUGGGAGCAACACUAUAAUGAGCUCUACUGGUAUUACUGGGAACAGUUUCGCUACUGGGCAAGUCAAGGUUGGACUGUUGAUGUUACACAUGGUAGUGAUCUAGAAAUGAAUACUGGAAAGCUGAAUUGUAAGCAGUCAGAAAAAUCAUUAAACUCAGACAGCCAUGGAGACCAUGGAGAAGUGCAGGACUCAGUUUUUCAUAUGUCUCCUUCCUUAGACAUUUGCAAAGAAAAUCCUAUUGUAUAUAAUGAUUCCAGUAAUGAUUAUAUUUUUUCUAAAAUCAGUGAAAUAAAUCUAAAUUCCAAAGAAGCAGAACACAGCAAAUUGCAAAGUGCAGCUGAUACUAAAAAACAACCAACUUCAGCAAGCAUUGCAAGGCAUAGUCCUCACAAUUGUGGCCAAACUGAGAAAUCAGAUAAGGGAACAAGAGAAGGAGGUGUGUCUUCUAAAAAUGGAUGCUCAAAUCAGCCAG